GAAAUCCAGAUGGUAAAAUAGGCGAUUUUCCUACAAGUAAUACUGAUGUUGUUAACCGGGAGGAUAUUGAUAAAAUCAGGAUUACCGGUCCGGAAGCGGAAUUAGAGAAAAUGGCGAGGUUAAUUUUUUUAAAAGAUGAUGUGAAAGAUACCAAAAGUGAUGCUAAAGGUAGUUUCGCUUUUGAAAUACCCGAGACCACUGUCGGGACUUCCCAAGAUGCAAUAUUGAACUUAGUAGCAGCGGAUUUUACGGGUGCUCUGACGGCCGAAAAUAUAAUAAGCAUUAAUGACACCAGUUACAAUGGUAAAAGGGCAGGCACUAACGAACCGUCAGUAGUAGUGGACCGAGAUGAUCAAAAACAAGCCUUUUUGGAUUUGGAACAAAAAUUAGCCGAUGUGGAAACCAAUUUUCCCGGCGGUAAGAAUUUCACAAGGGGACCAGAAUUAACCUUAACUGAUACUUCUGCUGAGAUUGGUGGAUUUGUUAAUAAGGAUAAUACUGGAUUGAAAUCCUACUUUCAUGGUACUUGGGGUAGUGAAACCGUUCCUGAUAAAACUGGUGAUGAAAAUAUUAAGCACUUUCUUUAUAGUUUAACAGAUGAAGCGGGUUUGACGAAAAAGACCGAGGUAGCCCAAAUCUAUGCGAAUGGUUUUACUUUUAAUGAUGAUAGUAAUGAGUUUAGAAAGACGACGAAUGGAGUGCUUUACAAGGGCUUUCCGGUGAUUGACCCUAAAGCAGUAGCCACCGCUGGGGCUACGAAUGCGGAUGAUAUAACUUUUACCCCCGCACCUGGGGAUAGAUACUCCAAAGCCGCUAUUGACAUGUUUCGUCAUAAAGAUAGUUUUCCAAUUGAACUACCAGAUAAUAUAAAAGUUACUAAUCCACCAAUAAAAUUGUUUGAGUCAAAUAAACGCGAGGAUUGUUGUG